AUGGCGGCUGCGCUUGAUCAACCUGUUUUCCAGUCGCUCCCGGGCGCUCCUCCGCCGACAGAUGCUGCCGCUUCUAUCACGCCGCCUCAUAGCGCCAACGGCAAGAAAGAGGUGCCGGAGGGAGUCCCCGCCGACCUGUCGGACCUCGAGCUCGAUCCCAAGGUCGCUGCUGCGCCAGAUACGCCCGUGGAGGAGGAGGAUAUCGAACCGGAUCAUUACUAUGGCGGCGGCAAGAUCCCCGUGUUCAAGCCGACAAUGGAUCAGUUUCGGGACUUUCAAUCUUUCAUCAGGAGAGUCGACAAGUAUGGCAUGCAGUCGGGAAUCGUCAAGGUUGUUCCGCCAAAGGAAUGGUCCGACUCUCUACCCGCUCUCGAUGAAGCCAUCAAGAAAAUUCGAGUGAAGAACCCCAUCAUGCAGGAAUUCCACGGCUCUCACGGAACAUAUACCCAGGCGAAUAUCGAGAAACAACGAUCAUACAACUUACCGCAGUGGAAGGGCCUGUGUGAGGAGAGUAGCCAUCAGCCUCCCGCUCGCAGAGGUGAAAGACGCCGGAAUCAAGAGCGCGCCACUCGUACUCCCGGACCCCCCAAGACUCAGACUACCCGACCAGAGCAACCGAAGCGUCGUCCGGGCCCAGGCCGCCCUCCGAAACGAGCAAACCAGGUCAAGAUCAAAGAGGAGCUUCCUGCUGAGGAAAGCCUCGAUAAGGUGAAGCCCGAAGGCCCACCCACUCCUGUAUCACCAGAAUCCAAUCCCGUCGAAACCAAGACCGAAGAGCUGAGUGAUGGCGAAUCUUUGCCCUCGUCCAAACCCAAGGGAAGACAGUCCAAGUCCGUGAACGCUCGAAGAAAGAACAACAAGGGCGAUUCGGUGGACUAUGUAGACGAUGAGGCUUUCAAAGACUUCGAUUACCGAAUCCACGACAACGAGGACUAUACACAGGAACGAUGCGAGGAGCUUGAAACCGCAUACUGGAAGUCCCUUAUGUUCAAUAAUCCCAUGUAUGGUGCGGACAUGCCUGGAUCUCUGUUCGACGAGAACAUCACAACUUCGUGGAAUGUUGCCAAGCUACCCAAUCUGCUGGAUGUGUUGGGACAGAAAGUGCCGGGUGUGAACACUGCGUACCUCUAUUUGGGCAUGUGGAAGGCUACGUUCGCCUGGCAUUUGGAGGACGUGGAUCUUUACAGUAUCAACUACAUUCACUUUGGUGCACCGAAACAAUGGUACAGCAUCUCGCAGGAAGAUGCCCCUCGUUUUGAGCAGGCCAUGAAGAGCAUCUGGACAAGCGAUGCGAAAAACUGCGAUCAAUUCCUUCGUCACAAGACCUACCUUGUUUCUCCCAGUCUUCUCAAGUCUCAGUAUGGCAUUACUGUCAACAAGAUGGUUCAUUAUGAGGGCGAAUUCGUGAUCACCUACCCGUACGGUUACCACUCGGGAUACAACCUGGGCUACAACUGCGCCGAAUCAGUCAACUUUGCAACUGAAAAGUGGCUGGAAUAUGGUCGCAUCGCCAAAAAGUGCAACUGCGAAGCGGACAGCGUUUGGAUCGACACGGAUGAAAUCGAACGGAAGCUACGGGGCGAAUCGACUCCGGAAUUCUACGAUUACUAUGAGAGUGACAUGGAGCUCGAAGGCGCUUCCGAUCUCCUGACCCCACCUCGCAGCGUUCCAGAAAAAUCCACCCGUGGACGGAAGCGGAAGCUUGACGGCGAGUCGACCACGUCGAAACGCAUGAGAGUCAAUGUUGAGAUUCCCCGGAAGAUUCCCUGUAUCUUGUGCCCCAACAAUUUGGACUACGAAGAUCUCCUCCCCACUGAGAAUGGCAAAUACCACGCCCACCGGCGGUGUGCGUUAUACAUCGAAGAAACCAGCAUUCUCCGCGAUGAGUCUGGAAAAGAAGUGGUGUGUGAUGUGGAAAAGGUCCCCAAGGCUCGAAUGGGCCUCAAGUGUCUUUUCUGCCGUGAGGUCCGCGGUGCCUGCUUCCAGUGUAACUUUGGCAAAUGCACGCGUGCAUAUCAUGCAACCUGCGCUCUUUUGGCUGGUGUUCAGGCCGAGCAAGGUUCUGUCGCCGUCAUCGCUGACGACGGUGGACAAUACUCAGUACCAAGUGUCGAUCUGAAAUGCAAGUACCACCGCCAAAAGAGACCCAGUUGGAUGACAGCGGAGUCAUCCGGCCACGAUCGGAAACUCCAUGAAACGGCAAAGCGCCUAGUCGCAGGAGACCUGGUGCAGUUCCAAGCAGACAAAGAAAUCAACGGUGCAGUUGUGCUUGAAAACCGACCGGCCGAAAGGGCUCUUCUGCUCAAGGUUCUCCCACGAGGGGAUGUCAUCGAACUUCCAUACCGGUGGAUGCUAGUCGCCCGCAAGAGCAACUUCUCACCCCUAGCUCCAGGAACCAAACCACUGCCAGCUCAUCUAGCACGGAAGCCUGAAGGCCGGAAGGAACUGGAGUCGGCUGUGCCGGUGGCGGGCAAUCCGUUUGGUGAUGGACGAUCUCCAUACCAGUGGGCCGAGUUCGAGACGGUGGACUAUGCUAAACACGCCGGCGCCCCACCGCAGGCGCCGGUCGACCUGAACAAGGGCGAGCAGAUCUGGUAUUACCUGGGCCAGUCGUCGACCGAAUGUAGGGCUCAAUAUACGCACAACCCUAGCGUGGCUGUCCACAACCCGCGGGCGAAUUUCCUAGACAGCGUCAAGUCCCUUGGCGCCGUGAUGGCCCGACUCCCCUCUUACCCCCACCAUCUCGCUCCUCCUCAUCAGCAGUAUGCUGCCCCUCCUCCUCACCACCUCCCUUCACCUGCCGCUGCUGCUGCUGCUGCUGCCGCCGCCGCAGCUACUGCCUCCCGCCCUUCCCUGCUGCAGCGUUCUCUCGCCCCUCCGCCUCGUUCUGCGCCCGGUGCUCCUCCUUCUUCUGCCUCUGCUGCUGCUGCUGCGAUGCCGUCGGCCUAUCGAUCCCUGCCAACUCAAUCUGCCCGUCAUGCCCCUUAUCCUCAGAUUGCCAAGUCGCAACUUCAUCAAUCACCACCUCACCACCACUCUCAUCAAACACCACAGCAGCAGCAGCAGCAACACCUCCCCGCCAAUACCUUUGCCAAUGUCCGUGAGCUCAUUGCCCGCCGCCGGCUCGCCCAAAUCACCGACCAUGCCAAUGUGUUCGCCGGGUAUACGAUUGUCAGUCCGGAGCUAGUGGUAGAGACAUUGUUGGGUCCCAUGGGUUCGGUGCCGCCGCCAAUCGGCCUCGAAAAGCUUGAGCUUGCCAUGGCCCAGCAACGGGUGCAACCCCGUGCCCCCGAUGGGACCCUGCUUCCAUUGCAGCCUCUCAACAUGCGUUCCGAGGAGGUGAGCCGAUUGUUGCAAAUGCUUCGGUUCUCGCUCGUCAGCCACCGUGAACGACUGGACGUGCUUCAGAAGAAAGAGUCGGAAAAUAUCAAGCAGGAGACCGUGGACAAGGGUAGCGUCACGGCUGCCAAGCUGGCAGGCAAGUACGCGUACCUCGACCAGCAACGGGCUCAAGCCCCGACCGUUUACCAGUCUCCAUACGACAUGCCGUCGGGCUUCACCGAGUACGCCCAGAAGACCUUCGAGCUGACACCGUGUGAACCCCAACUGCCCAAACCAUCGUUGGCCAACGACUUCUUCGCUAGCCUCUCGCCGGAAGACCAGGAGAAGAUUCUCAAGACAUGCGGUAGUUUCGUCCAACGAGCCAUGGAGCGGUCGGUGAGUCAUAGCCGUCAGAGCUCAGCUUCCAACCUCCGACUGGCCUCGGCGCUGGCCCAGCAGACAGAGAAUCCAACUAUCGACAUCACGACCGUCGAAGACAUGCCUCUUUCUGGUCUCGACCUUCCUCUUCACGCGGACUCGCCGUGCUCCAGUUUUAGUCGGUCGCACCUGCGGUUCCAGUCGCCAAACGACUUCACCAGCCAUGGUGCAGAAACCCAUCAUGACCACCACGAUCUGUUUGGAGACCAGCAGGCCAACACUCGCUUCUGGCAGCAUGGUCCAUGGGCCGCCGGUGAUGGGAACACGCCAAACGAAGAGACUCGACCGUUCUUUGGGCCCCAUGAGCGACUAAAACAUGACUAUGCCUCGUCAGACAUCUCUCUAGGGCGCGGGCCCGGUUCUCUUCACUCGGUCGACAUGGCUGGGUUUGGGCUAGACGGGACCGACGACAUUGGUGCUGAACUGAGCCCCUGA